AUGGCAUCUCAUUCUAGUUUCUACCAAGGAACCAAGCGGAUCUCUCCAUUGAAAAUAAGAAACCCAAGCAUAUUGCCGUCUCAAAUAAUGCCGUCACCGACGGGUGCUCCGUUCAAUUUCGCCGAAAUGCCCUGGUCCUACGGGGUAAAGCCAGGCCAAUUGAUGGAAUUUAAUGCUGUUAUUCGACCCAGUCCCAUUACGGGACCUCCUUCACCAGUACCAUCAAUGCCAUCAGGCAGCAGCCCGCCAUCGUUUGGACUUUCGACAGCAACGUCGCAAUCGUUCCUGCCGGAGCUUAGAAAACGAAAACCCGACCCGGACGUUAUACCAGUGCCAUCGAAACAGUUUCUUACAGAGGAAGCCAUGUCAUCGCAUUUAAACAAUCUGCACCUUUCUUCCGAGUACACCGCACAUGACAUCCGCACGAAUACAUCCACACCCGAAUCUCCUGCCCUUUCCACGCUCGAAGAGGACAUGCUUUUGGGUAAUACUGAAGCGUACCACGUGUGCAUGUCCCCUCAAGAACUGGAGGAACGUCUAAAGAAAGCACAACGUAUUGCGAUCUGCGAAGAGGUGCGCCGGUUGGACAAUCGCUCCGAAAUACUGCCCCAGGCGUUGCUAGAACGUAUUGAAAAACCGUGCACCGCAUUAAUGAUCUGGCAGCCCCCGCAGGAACGCAUUCAGUCACUUUUCUGCACAGUGACACAAAAGAUAGAAGAACGUGAACGCAAAAACCGGCAGGCGGCGAAGAAUAACAACAACAUUGAAAUAAUGGUUGAUUCAAUGGCUAUCAGCGAUGAUCUGCCGGAUCUGCCAGAUUUCGAUGAAGAUCUGGACUUCGAACAGGAUGCUAGUGAAACGGAUUGGCCAAGGCGUUCUGUGCCAGAUGCCCCCGAUCCAGCAACAAUGGAUGUUGAAAUGUAG